GUUGUGCGAAAACGAGGUCACCGGUCCGAAGUUGUGCACGUGUGGAAACUUACAUCAGACACAGACAUAGCUUGAAAGUUUAUAAAAAAUUUCCCAAGUCGAGGAGAUCGCAUACCUUCUAGAUGUCCUGGUUAUUUGGAGUUAACAAAACUCCCCCACCUGGCGAGGGGCCUCCGUUGAUCCCGGGUCCUCCUCCGGGAGGAGACGAUAAAAGUGGAGGAGAUGGAGCAUCGAAAGAUGACAACUCGGAGAAUGAAGGCACCAAAGGUUCCCCUGUUUGGAGAAGCUUCGAUCCGUCGGGUCUUGAGAGAGCUGCCAAAGCAGCAAGGGAACUCGAGAAAUCACAUCACUCAAAAGAGGCCCUGGAGAUGGCCAGAGUACAGGAAGCUACAAAGCAAUUGGAACAACAGCGUAAAAUUAAGGAAUAUGAAGCAAACAUUGAACAGAUGCAGAUGGACAAAGUGAGAGUGGAACAGGAGGAAAAGAGAAAAACUCUUGCAGCAGAAACUCAGCAACAUCAACAGCGUGCUCAAUACCAAGACCAGUUAGCAAGGAAACGUUAUGAUGAUCAACUUUCACAACAGCGUCGGAUGAAUGAAGAAAAUUUAGCUAAACAGGAAGAAUCAGUGAAGAAACAAGAAGCCAUGAAAAGAGGCACAAUUGAAUAUGAAGCCCAGAUAAAACAUGAGAAUGAGAUGAAAAAACUGGAAGCAGAGCUCCGUGGAAAAGCUAAAAUAGAACGCGAGAACAAGGACAUCAGAAUGGAACAGAUCAGACUCAAGGCUGCAGAGCAAAGAGAAACUGUUCUGCAAUCAAUCAAAACGGCAGGUAGUAUCCUUGGAGCAGGAUUUGAUGCAUUCAUCUCAGACUGGGAUAAAAUAUCUGCCACAGCUGCAGGCCUAACCCUUCUAGCUCUUGGUGUUUACACAGCUAAAUAUGGUACAGGAGUCACGGCCAGAUUUAUUGAAGCUCGCUUGGGAAAACCAAGUCUUGUACGCGACACAUCACGAUUGAGUGUUUUUGGUGCUUUGCGACACCCAGCACAGACUGUUAGGAAAAUGUUUGUAAAUUAUGAAGAUUCAUUGCAAGGUAUUAUUUUGAGGCCCAGUCUUGAAAAAAGACUUCAAGAAGUAAGCAAAGCAACAGCGAAUACCAAGAAAAACAAAGGACUCUACAGAAAUCUUCUGUUUUAUGGUCCGCCAGGGACUGGGAAAACUAUGUUUGCAAAGAGCCUGGCCAAGCACUCAGGGAUGGAUUAUGGGAUUAUGACCGGUGGCGAUAUUGUUCCCAUGGGAAAAGAAGGAGUGACAGCCAUGCAUAAAGUGUUUGACUGGGCCCAGACCUCUAGGAGAGGACUUCUUCUCUUCGUGGACGAGGCAGAUGCCUUCUUACGCAAACGUAAUCAGGAAAAGAUGAGCGAAGACUUGAGAAGCACAUUGAACGCAUUUCUUUACAGAACUGGCGAAUCUUCACGGAAGUUCAUGUUAGUUCUCGCGAGUAAUCAGCCUGAUCAGUUUGACUGGGCCAUCAAUGACCGCUUAGACGAGAUGAUCGAGUUUGGUCUGCCAAAUCUUGAAGAACGAGUACGUUUAGUCCGGCAGUAUUUCGAGGAACACGUUUUAAAACCCGCCACAACUGGAUCAAGAACAAGUCGUAUGAAAAUUGCGAACUUCGACUUUAGCAAGAAAUGCCAGCAAAUUGCCGAAGUAACCGAAGGCCUUUCUGGAAGAGAAAUAUCUAAAAUAGCGAUUGCUUGGCAGGCCAGCGCUUAUGGCUCGCCUGAUGGCGUCCUCACAGAGGAUAUGAUGGAUGAAAGAGUAGAAGAAGCAGUGCGACAACACAAGCAGAAAGUAGUAUGGCAUCAAACGGAGCCAGUAAAUGAAACAAGUGCGUCAACGACGACAACAGAGAAAAAUAAAUCGUCCUCUCCAAAAAGAACUUAAAUUUAACUUAUCUUCGUGAAAUGUUUUGGGGGCAUGUUUUUAACAGAGCGGAAGAAGAGGUGAUAAAUGCCCAAAUUUCUGAAUAUUUAAUGGUCCACGACAUCCCACAUGCUCUAGCGCCGGGGAGAAAUUGCAGUAAUGCGUCUUAUGAUGUCUUUCAAGAAUUUAUCAGGAUCUUCCGAAAAGACGAUGACAGAGAAUGCUGUUUGUGUUCAAACAGUGACGAAAAUGACACCACAAAAAUUCGCUUUUCAUUGUUGAUUUUUAAGAUCUCGACAUUUAACCACCUUGACAUACUACUUUUUCCGAACAUGCGUUUUGAUUGGUGGUAGCCAGUUAGCCUGCGAACAGGCACGCGUUAGUAGUGCCAGAUCUCUCGUGCCUCUCGCCAGCUCGCUUUUUCAAGGCCUUCGCGGGCCAAGAAACGCUCUAGCCGCAGCGCCGAUAAUGAGGGCUGUAAUAUCAAGCAAAACUUCACCAAAUAAAGUCAUCACACAUUUCAGUUUUAUCCCUCCUGGGCGAGAGCGACGGCUCAACAUUGUCCAACAGCUCACAAAUUUAGGCUCCCUCAGACUUUUGUCGCCCUUUGACAAUUAAACUUAAUUUCAAUAAUUAUGAUGAAGUAAUUGAAUAAAAGUUGUCGAAAAUCUCUCACAGUAUUCGA